AUGACCACAAAAUUCGCGCUUCGCUACAACACCGGCCUCGCCGAGCCGUCGAUCGAGCCCACCCAAAUCGUUCUCGACGGCAGGUUGAUCUGGAAAGCCGGUGCAGCUUCCCCGGCCCGUUACGAUGCUUCUGCGAACAAUCCCCCGGCUCUCACCUUCCACCCGGACCGUCUCAUCUUCACCACGGUAUCGGUGGCUGAUCUCUGUGUCGUGCUGGGCACAAAUGAGAACUGCUCGGUGAUAGUGCGCAUCGAUCCGGUGAACCUGACGAGUCUGUCGGCGUUGUCUGCCCUUCUCCACCCCGGCCAAUCGAACAUUUUCACGCUUGUCGCCCCGGAGGAUCGAGCGAGGAUGAGAUGCACGGGGAGAUUCACCUGGAAUGGGUCGAUUGGAAACCCGAUCCGAGCAGUCUCGUCCGUCGUCGCGUCAUCCCCUUCACCUAUCGCCCAUAGAUACAAGCCGAUACGACGGCCCUCCAUUAAUGCCCUUCCUGGUAACCAGCCCGCAUGUCAA